UUUUGAUUCCAGUAAUACGCAGUGUGUGAUGUGUUGAAUUUUUGCAUAAAACCCUGUAUCACCUUUGAUCCUGCGACUUCGGCCACGGUGCCAACGAUACAAAACAUGUCUUCGUCUCUCAUGGAACUGCAAAAUCUGUACGAACGCUACGUAAAAUGGGUCUCGGGCAAUCCAGGUAGCCUGGGCGAUGUAGAGCUCACCGUAAAGUGGCUUUCGUAUUUCAUUGCCGGGAAAAUAAACAAUUCUUCCGCCGUUUCGGAGCUGGUCUACUCGCUAUCCAAUUUACUAGUGUUCGCCAAUGACCGCAUCAUCGAGAGGGCACACAGGAAAGUGGCCGACGAUGACACGCAACCCCUCGAGCGCCGCCUCAAGGUUUUGCUCACGACGCUCGAAUACUGCGAGGUGUUUAUCGAGCUAUCGGCACACAAAGUGUGGGGCACGCGAGGCCGCUGGUUUUUCAUAGUCAUCAUCCAAGUGAUAAAGUGCAUAGGACGACUAGUUUUAACGCUCUACUGUUCCAACACAAAUAUUGUUCAAAAUCCGCCCAUUCCGGUGCUAAAUCGAAAGACAGUGCAGCGUGUCAACGGAACGACCGACAAUGCAUCGUUCCGGGACAAUCCAGAUGCGGAUGGCUCAAGCAUAGUUCUGAAGCGAUCGGGACGCGUGAUGCGAAAGGUUAACUGUUCUCCAUCGCUUAUGUCGCGCAGUUGGAAACCUCCGUCGAAUGCGGCGGAUCGUACUCCUGCUAGCUCCAACUCUUUGCAAUACGGCGGCAAACUGUUCGAAACAGCUGAGUUGGUGUACAUUUUCAAACCGCUCAUUCACCUCGGUUGCAUGGGACGGUUUGGAUCGAAGAGCUGGGCCGCCUACCUGGCAGCGUUAGCCCUGGACGGCGCUAGCCUGCGAACGUACUACAACAACCGGCAGGCGCUCUCGAAGGAACAGCGGGUUGAGCUGUCGCGACGGUGUGUCUCGCUACUACUGUACCUUCUUCGGUCCCCGUUCUAUGAACGGUUCACACAGAAUAAAAUCACAAACGUGUUGAAUGGCAUCGGGAAUAAUGUGCCACUAAUGGGCACCAUUUCUCAGAUGAUUCUCACUUACAUUCCCCACUGGCAGGAGACCUACUUCUACAUGUGGUCCACGUAGGGGCACAGCCAAACGUCUCGCCCAUUUAACUGUACGGACGGUUGUGCGCAGUGUAUGAUUGCUUGCUUUUGGUACGCAGCGAAAGGUCUAUUUUGUAAC